UGCCGACAGGACACAGCAGGAGGGUGCAGCAGUGUCUGGUGGUCUUGGCCGUCACCUGGGGUGCCAGCUUCUUCCCCUCGCCAGCCCAGGCUUUGCAGAGGAUCGCGCUGCGGAGGAUGCCCUCCAUCCGCCAGACGCUGCAGGAGAUGGGAGUGAAGGUGUCGGACAUCUUCCCUGAGCUCAAGCAGAGCAGCCGCAGCGGCGUGGUCGGUCCCAGAAAUGGGACGGCUCCCACUCUCCUCACAAACUACCUGGACACCCAGUAUUUCGGCGAGAUCAGCAUCGGUACCCCCGCGCAGACCUUCAAGGUGGUCUUCGACACGGGCUCGGCCAACCUGUGGGUGCCGUCCUACAAGUGCUCCCCCCUCUACAGUGCCUGCGUUUCCCACAGCCGCUACGACUCCUCCAAGUCACGGACGUACAUAGCCAACGGCACGGGCUUUGCUAUCCGCUACGGGACAGGGAGCGUCAAAGGCUUCCUCAGCCAGGACAUCGUUAUGGUGUCAGACAUCCCCAUCAUCCAGGUCUUUGCCGAGGCAACGGCGCUGCCUGCCUUCCCCUUCAUCUUUGCCAGGUUUGAUGGGGUGUUGGGGAUGGGCUACCCCAGCCAGGCCAUCGAUGGCAUCACCCCCGUCUUCGACCGGAUCCUCUCCCAGCAGAUCCUCAAGGAGGACGUGUUUUCCGUCUACUACAGCCGAGCUUCGAAGAAUGCUCUUCUGAAACCCGGGGGCGAAAUAAUCCUCGGAGGCAGCGACCCAGCCUACUACACCGGUGACUUCCACUACCUGAACGUCAGCAAGAGCGGCUACUGGCAGAUCAGCAUGAAGGGGGUGUCCAUAGGGGCUGAAAUCCUGUUCUGCAAGGAAGGCUGUUCCGUGGCCAUCGACACAGGAGCAUCCUACAUCACCGGCCCAGCCGGCCCCAUCUCCGUGCUGAUGAAAGCCAUCGGGGCAGCAGAAAUGGCCGAAGGAGAGUAUGUGGUGGACUGCGACCGAGUCCCUCAGCUGCCCAACAUCUCCUUCCACCUGGGCGGGAAGGCAUACACGCUCAGCGGCUCAGCCUAUGUCCUCCGGCAGUCCCAGUACGGGGAGGACAUCUGCGUGGUGGCUUUCUCGGGGCUGGACAUCCCACCUCCAGCUGGUCCCCUCUGGAUCCUGGGCGCCAGCUUCAUCGGACACUACUACACCAAAUUCGACCGGCGCAACAACCGCAUCGGCUUUGCCACGGCCCGCUGACGGCCGGCGGGGGCCGUGGAGAGGGAUGGGGGAACCAGCCUGGAGGCAAGAGUACCACCGAGAAGAAAUGAUUUGAAGUGCAAACGAGAACAGCGUUUCCUUACAGCUCAGCCACCUCCUCUCUGUACUGAAGCAACUGCAAAACCUCACCUUCUCCCACUCGAAAACCCCCACUCUGCUUCCCGAGAGUCUCUGCUGCUGGGGAGAACUGAGCCUUAAACGCAUCUUCUAGUGAGCGUGUUCAGUCUGGAAAUCAAAGCGGGAUCCUGUGUCCGGGAGCUGCACCUCCAGGGACUUCUAGGGUGAUGUGCAAUAGUACAACUGGCAUGCAGUGAAUUGCUGCUGCUGUGGAGGUGCUUGCAAGUUGCAGACAGACUGAGGAGGGAUGAUCUGUUACAGUUCGUGUUAUUCUUUGAAUGGGAGAAAAAUAAUCUGGCUGUGUUUAAUGAUAGUUUUAGCUGGUGUUAACCCUACCCCUCUCCGUGACUUUAAUAUUAAACAAUCUUAGAGCAA